AUGGCAACCGCCAAAGACGCCUGGAAAUCUGCACUCAGCUGCUCUCCAGAAGCCGCAGAUUCGACUGGCUGGACACCGUUGUCUUCGGAAAUGAAAAAUUGGUCCUCUACGUCAACCACACCCUUAAACGUGCGCGCGCUAGCGAUGAAAUCGCCGGAUCCUUAUGUGAAAGGUGAGAUCCAUGAGAAGAAGGUCAUGCUGAGCGUCUGGUGCGGAGUUCAUGGAAUCUUCCGUUUCGAAUUGCUGCCGGACAACACGACAGUUACUGCCAAGGUCUACUGCGCUCAACUGCGAAGACUGGCCGACAAGAUCCACAAGGAGCACCCGAAGCUCGACAGCGUUCGCCUGCUGCACGGUAACCUGUGCCCUCACAUCGCGAAGAAGUCUUCCCAGAAAAUUCUGGAGCUCGGAUGA